AUGAAGUCGAUUCGCUGCAUUACCCUCCUUCUGCUCUUAUCCUUGGCAUCGGGCGUCUGGACCUUCAAAUGUAAAAAGGCAAAACCUAACGGUGACUGUGUGCCAGCUGGCAACGGGACACCUGUUGCUGCUACCGCUGGAGCAGGACGUAAGAAGAAAAACCUCACGUGUGCUAAGAAUAAUCAGGCUCUAUGUUGUAGUAAAGCUGCGGGUGAGCUUGCGGCGGCAGAUGUUACUGACAAGACAACGUGCACAGCUCCUCCCAAGAAGAAACAAAAAAAGGGAAAGAAAAAAGGCGGGGGAAAGGGGAGGAAGAAGGGGGGAAUUGCUGGUGCCAUUGCUGCCCUCACUGGUGGAGGAGGUGCGGCGAAAGGAGGCACUGCUGGCACAUAG